AUGGCAGACGCAAACCAACCCCCCCAAACACCCCCCCUCCUCCGCGACCCCUCCACAGCCCCCUUCACCGGCUACCGCCCCUUCCCCUCCCUCAUAACCCUCCACAGCAACCUCACCAACGGCCUCCUCCAAGCCCUAACCACCCACAAACUCUGCGGCGCGGACCCCAACAACAUGCUCUACCUGGUCGAAGUCCACUUCGGCUACACCCCGCGGGGCCCCCUGCAUUUCGGCCGCGGCUUCUACCUGCGCAACGGGACACGGUUCCAGGAUCCGAUCCUCGCUGCUGUGGGGGAGGUGUUUCGGCUUCCGUUGCUUGUGUCGUUGUUUGAUCCGCGGACGUCGGUUUUGUUGCCGCCGGCGGAUUGGGAGAAGAAUCCGGGGAAUAAGGUAGAUGAGAUUUUGCAGGCUACAGUAAGGAAAGACGAGGGGGUAGUUUUCAGUUUUGAGAUUGAGACGGGCGAGAAGAAGGUUGGGAGAGAGGAGUUUGAGUGGCGGAAGUUGAGGGAGAAGGGGGAAGCCACGACAGAGAAGGGGAGUCAGUAUCGGCUUUACUGGGCUGGUUCCCAUUCAGCGUCGUUAUUGUCAAGCCAGCCGUCUUCUUCGACCCAACCCCCUGCGCUAGACAUAGAGAACGAAGAUGAAGAGGUGCUCGCGGAGCUGAGGUUCAACAGCCUGUUCUCCUUCACGCAUCUGUUUACACUGGAGCUGAAAGGGGCCGGGAAGACGGGCGAACUAGGUGAUCGGUGGGCGCUGAUGGUGGUCAUGACGGCCUUGGGCAUUCACUGGUUGCGGCAGAAUGGGAAAACUCACCGGUCGACGGUCAAAGUCGCGGAGAAAUUUCUGUAA